AUGUCAAAACUCAUCCUCCUCAUCGACACGGGUACAUCAACCCUCGUUCGACGGACAGCAGCAAAACAGCUGGCAAACGUCGCACUCAAGACAUUCACAUCACUUCCCCCAGCCGAUGCCUGGCCAGAUGCACUCGAGACAAUAGCAAAGCUCAUCCCUUUGCUAAAGAGCAAGAGCUCUGAAACACGGACAGCGGCAGCCCAUGCACUGGGAUUGAUCGCCGCGGCUCUACCAGCAUGGGAGGGAUCACCAUCAGACGAAGAGUGCCCGAUCCCUGGCGCCGAUACCCCCUUUGACCUCGUCAACACUGUCAACACGGGCGAGUGGCUGCUCGCAUCAGCAGGACGAGAGUACAUUGCCAAGCUCAACCCUGCAGACCGCGCCAAGCGCCGCAAGGCCAUGAUGGGCGCCGUCGGGCUCGACGGCGGCCUCGGUCUUGGCAGCGAUAUGGACAAGGUGCUCGACGACGAGGAUGCCCCUGGUGGUGGCGGCGGCAACAGCAGCGCGGCCGGCACACCCGGCGCCACCGGUGGCGUGGCCACACCUCCCGCUGGCGACGCCAAGGACAUCUUCGAGGGCCUGUCUGCUCGCCAGAUCGCCAUGAUCAAGCGGAAGAAGGGCAACAUGGCCGAGGAGGCCAACAAGAUUCGGCGAAUGAACGAAAAGGCCAACGGGAAUGGAGGCGUGUCCGAGACGCCCACACCAAAGACUAGCCCAAAGUCCACGCCGCAGCCCACACCCCCGCCCGAGGUCAAGACAGAGGUCAAGACUGAGCCCGAUGAUGACGUCAAGCCCGACGCCGUGGUCAUUGACCCGUCCAAGGGCGGCGGCGCCGUCGAGCCCAAGGAGACAAAGGUCUUGACCCUCGACGCCCACGGUCACUGCCCAUGGUCGGCUGUCGCUGUCGAGCUCGCGGCGGCGUUGACAGAUCCGCAAUGGCAGGUCCGCCAUGGUGCGGCACUCGGCUUGAUGGAGGUGCUUCGCUCGACCGGUGGAGUCAUUGGCGCAGGGUACCCUGGCUUCCUCGGUGCCCUCGCUCGCCGGCUCCUCACACUCCUUGCGCUCGACCGCUUUGGCGACUUCCUCGGUGACACUGUCAUGGCCCCGGUUCGCGAAAUGGCUGCUCAGGCUCUGGGCGUGCUGUUCAAAUUCGAGGACGACGCCAUCGCGGCAGAGGUCCACAAUACGCUCGUCGCCAUGGUCAACCAGCAGGGUGCGAAGCGCGGCAAGGAAGCCGAGAACCGUCCUCGCGGCGAGAAGUUUGCAUGGGAGCUGAGGCAUGCUGGUCUUCUGGGCCUCAAGUACGAGGUAGCUGUGCGCGACCCCUCGCUCAUCGUCCACGAUGUUGUGGCCUGCUCGUUACUCGCCCUCAGGGAUUCCGACGACGACGUCCGCACUGUCGCGGCUUCCGCGCUUCUCCCGAUCACCUCGACCCUUGUCACGCUCCCCGAGCUCGGCUCCAUUGUUGAGACUCUGUGGGCCUGCCUCGGCGAAGGCACUGAUGAGCUAGGCAGCAGCACUGGUGCCGUCAUGGACUUGCUUGGUGCACUGCUCACCAAGCCCGAGGUCAUCUCCCUCAUGGCAUCGAGCCCCGAUAGCCGUGCGCUCAUUUCGCGUAUCUAUGCGUUUAUCCGACACCCGAUCACGUCUGUGCGCUUGGCGGUCGUCAAAGCGCUUCUCGUCCUUAUCACGGUUCCCGAACUUCCUCGCGACUGGAUGCACUCGGAUGUCUUUGCGCUUCUGUUCCAGAACCUGGUCCUGGAAGACCGGGCCGACAUUCGCGACGUCACUGCCGAGGCAUUCAACGCUGCAGUGGGCGAAACGGAUCUCGACUCGACGGUUGGCCCACUCAUUCAGGACUGGUACUCCAUCGUCAUGACGCCAGUUGGAUCGCCUCUCGACGAAACGCUGUUCGUUGGCCGAAGGGUUCGCGGGCACGACGUCGACAAGGCCAUGAUGGCAGGCGACAUGGGUCUUGUCACCCUCGACACCGUACUCGAGACCCGCAUUGCUGCAGCCAAGGCCCUGGCCCUGGUCCGACACAAGCCGCAUACAUUCGACGACUUUGCUCUUAUCCGCACGUACCUUGCAUCAGGUUCUGCCCACCAGAUCUUCCUCGCAGCGACCAUCGUCCGCGAGUGGGCUCGCAGCGGGCCCGAGGCCGUUGCCGCAGCUGCGGAGCUUGGCCCGACACUCAUUUCGCUCCUUUCGCCCAGAGCCACCUAUGUCGAGAUGACGACCAUGCUUAACCGCGUCUACACCGAGGUCAAGGGCCUGUUCAACGCCUUCACCACCGAGGGCAAGGUCAAGAAGGACCGCAUUCCCGAGCUUCCCUCGCGUGUUGACCCACUGGGUGGAGCCGACGCCUUCACGCUCGACACUGCGCGCCGCGCCGUUGGCCCGACGUUCGAGGCCCUCACUGGCCUGCUCAAGGGAGCGCAUGCCAAGGCAUCACUUGCCAACCUUCGGGACCGCCAGCGUAGGGCACUCGUAUCCCUCGGCUACUUCUCCGCUAUGAAGGAGCGGCUCGACGUCCAAAUCGCUGCGUCGGUCGCCGGUGCCCUCAUCGCUGUGAGCGUCAUGCCGCCCAAGCUCGGCCCUGUUGUCAAGGCGGUCAUGGACGCUGUCAAGAAGGAGAACUCCGAGUUGCUCCAGGCUCGCGCGGCCGAAAGCAUCGGCGCGUUUAUUGCCUACUGCUCGUCGCCAGAGUUCACUGCGCCAGUCAACCCGACCGAUAAAGUGCUCAAGAACCUGUUCACGUUCCUCAACUCGGAUACUAGUGUCACGCCAGUGUUCACGCCGACGACAGAUGGCAUCCUGUCGCUAAAGGACGCUCCAGCCGCCGCCACGACCAAGAAGGGACAGGUGCCCGAGGAGUCGGAGGAGCAGAUCGCCAUGCGUGUCACUCGCCGUGGCGCUCUCGCCGCUCUUGGUGCCGUUGCCCAUCGUUUUGGCUCCUCGCUCUUCGACUCCGUCCCCAAGUACUGGGAGGGUAUCAGCGCACCUCUUCUCGCUGCUUCCCAGAACGUUGGUUCCUUGGACGACGCGCUCCAGCAAGGCGGUGGCCAGGACCUCAUCGACAGCUUGGCGUCCCUCCACCUCGUCGCUCCCCAGCUGGACACGUCACUCCACGGCCACCUCGUCGGCCUGCUGCCGCACCUGGUCUCUGUCCUUCAGUCAUCCUUCACGGUCGUGCGCAACGCCGCCUCGCGGACCCUCGCCACUCUGUGCAGUGUCGCAACGGAGGACGGUAUGAAGUUCGUCGUGGACCAGGUUGUGCCGCUUGUCGGAGACGCCGAGCACGUUCACUCGCGCCAGGGAGCCGUGGAAACAAUCAACCAGAUUAUCAAGCUCCUCGACAUUAGAGCGUUGCCGUACGUGCUGUUCCUCAUCGUUCCGGUGCUUGGUCGUAUGAGCGACCCCGACGAGCCGACCCGUCUCCUCGCAACGAGCACGUUCGCAUCCCUCGUCCGAAUGGUGCCCCUUGAGGCUGGCAUCCCCGACCCGCCUGGCUUCUCCGCUGAGCUGCUGGCCAAGCGUGACGAUGAGCGCAAGUUCCUGUCGCAGCUGCUCGAUGGCCACCGCGCUGAGCAGUACGAGCUCCCAAUCGAGAUCAAGGCGGAUCUUCGCCAGUACCAGAAGGACGGUGUCAGCUGGCUGGCGUUCUUGGCCAAGUACCAGCUCCACGGCAUCCUCUGCGACGAUAUGGGUCUCGGCAAGUCGCUGCAGACGAUCUGCAUUGUCGGCUCGAUGAACCACGAGCGCAAGAUGCGUCACAAGGAAACUGGCGGUGCCGACUCGGCGCACUUGCCGUCGCUCAUUGUGUGCCCUCCGACCCUCACGGGCCACUGGUACCACGAGAUACUCAAGUUCACCGACACGCUCCGCCCAGUGCAGUACGUCGGCAACUCGGUUCAGCGUGCCGCCAUCCGCCCGACACUUGGCCAGUACGACGUGGUCAUCACGUCAUACGAGACGGUCCGCAACGAUAUUGCCGACCUCGGCCGCAUGAACUGGCUCUACUGUGUCCUUGACGAGGGCCACGUGAUCAAGAACGCCAAGACCAAGCUGUCUCAAGCCGUCAAGCAGAUCCACGCCCAGCACCGUCUGCUCUUGUCUGGAACGCCCAUUCAGAACAACGUGCUGGAGCUGUGGAGCUUGUUUGAUUUCCUCAUGCCUGGUUUCCUUGGCUCUGAACGCGUUUUCAACGACCGCUUCUCCAAGCCAAUCCUCGCUGAUCGCGAUGGCAAGGCCACCGCAAAGGAGCGGGAGGCAGCCGCGGCGGCCCUCGAGAACCUUCACAAGCAGGUUCUGCCUUUCCUCCUCCGCCGUCUCAAGGAGGACGUCUUGAAGGAUCUUCCGCCUAAGAUCAUCCAAGACUACUACUGCGAGCUGUCCGACGUCCAGAAGGCACUCUACGACGAGUUUGCCAACUCGCGCGCUGCCGAGGAGGCUGGCGAAGUUGCCGCUGGCGAGGCCGACUCUGGUGCGCAAAUGCACGUGUUCCAGAGCUUGCAGUAUCUCCGCAAGCUCUGCAACCACCCCGCCCUCGUCCUCAACGACCCCAAGGCCCUCGCCACCGUCGAGCACAAGAUUGGCAAGGUCUCGUCACUGCACGACCUGCACAAUGCGCCCAAGCUUGAGGCUCUCCAGCAGUUGCUCCUCGACUGCGGCAUCGGCCUCCCGGCGUCGGAGAAGAUUGAUGGCGAGUUCCAGGGCCACCGUGUCCUCAUCUUCUGUCAGCUCCGCCCAAUGCUUGACCUCAUCGAGAAUGACCUCUUCCGCAAGCACAUGCCAAGUGUGUCGUACAUGCGCAUGGACGGCUCGACCGACCCACGCAAGCGCCACGCCGUGGUGCAGACUUUUAAUGCCGACCCCAAGAUCGACGUUCUCCUGCUCACGACGUCGGUCGGUGGUCUCGGUCUCAACCUCACUGGCGCCGACACUGUCAUCUUCGUGGACCACGACUGGAACCCGCAGAAGGACCUGCAGGCGAUGGACCGUGCACACCGUCUCGGCCAGAAGCGCGUUGUCAACGUCUACCGCCUGAUUAUGCGCGGCACGCUCGAGGAGAAGAUUAUGAGCCUGCAGACGUGGAAGAAGAACAUUGCCAGCUCGGUCGUCACGCAGCAGAACGCCGGUCUCGGCUCGAUGAACACGGGCGAAGUGCUGGACCUGUUCAAGGUAUCAGCGGACGGCGAGGCGCCAAAGGCUCCCAAGGCGUCGACGGGCGCCAUGUCCAUGUCCAAGAUUUUGGAAGGAUUGGAAGAACUACCAGCCGAGGAGGAGUACGCCGACAUGUCGAUGGACGCCUUCCUGAGCAAGACAAACUAG